UGGCUCAUUCCACGGACCCCGGACAGUCUGCGGAGAAGCCCGUCAUCCGAUGCCAUAAAUGUGGGGAGCCGUGCAAAGGAGAGGUGCUGCGCGUCCAAUCCAAGCACUUCCACAUCAAAUGCUUCAUCUGCAAAGUCUGUGGCUGCGACUUGGCCCAAGGUGGGUUUUUCAUCAAGAACGGGGAGUAUCUAUGUACACUGGAUUACCAGCGCAUGUACGGAACGCGGUGCAGCGGCUGCGCAGAGUUCGUGGAGGGCGAGGUGGUCACGGCUCUAGGAAAAACCUAUCACCCCAACUGCUUCGUUUGCACGGUCUGCAAACAUCCAUUCCCACCGGGAGACAGAGUGACCUUCAAUGGGAGAGACUGCCUGUGUCAGAGCUGUGCUGUCCAACCCAUGUCACCAGGACCUAAGGAGCUGUCUUCGUCCAGCAGUUGUGCGGGCUGCGGCAGGGACAUAAAGAAUGGACAGGCCUUACUAGCCCUGGAUAAGCAGUGGCACCUGGGAUGCUUUAAAUGCAAAGCCUGCGCGAAGGUGCUAACCGGAGAGUACAUUAGCAAGGACGGGUCCCCGUACUGUGAGAAGGAUUAUCAGGUGUUGUUUGGGGUGAAGUGUGAAGCGUGCCACGAGUUCAUCACUGGGAAAGUUCUGGAGGCUGGGGACAAGCACUACCAUCCGAGCUGUGCGCGAUGCAGCAGAUGUCACCAGAUGUUUACCGAAGGAGAGGAAAUGUACCUUCAAGGUUCCACGGUCUGGCAUCCCAACUGUAAGCAGUCCACCAAGGCUGAAGAGAAGCUGCGGCCCACAAGGUCCUCCUCUGACAGUGUCUAUUCCCGGCCUGGAUCCAGUAUAUCAGGCUCACCGGGCCAUACCAUCUGUGCUAAAGUGAAUGACGAAAUCCUGGAUUACAAGGACCUCGCCGCUAUCCCCAAAGUGAAAGCCAUUUAUGACAUAGAACGCCCCGAUCUCAUCACAUAUGAAUCUUUCUAUACGUCCACGUAUGAGGACCGGCAGGAGAGGCAAAGUGUGGGAGAGAGUCCCAGGACUUUGUCCCCCACGCCUUCUGCAGAGGGGUAUCAGGAUGGUCGGGAACGGAUAAUACAGAGGUCUGAGAGUCAGGGAUCCAUCAACUCUCCCGUGUACAGUCGCCAUAAUUACACGCCGACCAUCUCGCGUUCCCCGCAACAUUUCCACAGACCCGGCAAUGAGCCACCCAGCGACAGGAACUCCCCUCUCCCCUAUCGGCCAGACAGUCGCCCUGUAACGCCAACAUUCGCUCAGACCCCUAAACAUUUCCAUGUUCCAGACCAAGGAAUCAACUUGUACCGGAAGCCUCCCAUCUACAAGCAGCACGAUCCAGCUGCCUUGGCAGCAAUGACCAACAACUGCGAUGAUAUCAUCAAGUCCUCCAAGUUUCCGGCCGCCCACGCUCCAGCGCCCAACGAAGUCCCAAAGAUUGAGACCGACUACUGGCCAGGUCCUCCCUCACUCGCUGCCAUAGGUGAUACGAGAAGGAGAUCGAGCGGCCGGGAUGAAGAAGACGAGGAGCUGCAGAAACGUCGGCAACUCCAGGAAGAGCAAUUGAUGAAGCUCAACUCAGGUCUCGGGCAGCUGAUUCUGAAGGAAGAGAAGGAGAACCGGGAAAGGCCUCACUCCGCCGGCCGAUACGACUCUUCCGUCUUGGCCUCCCUCCGCUCUGAUGCCUCCAAGACCUCCUCACUCCCAGGCUACGGAAGAAACGGCCUCCACCGGCCGGUGUCGACGGAUUUUGCGCAGUAUGAUAGCUAUGGCGAUAUCAGCGGUGGAAUUCGAGAUUACCAGUCACUACCAGAUGGGCAUGUUCCAGCCAUGAGAAUGGAUAGGGGCGUGUCUAUGCCUAACAUGUUGGAGCCUAAGAUUUAUCCCUAUGAGAUGCUGAUGGUAACUAACAGAGCUCGCAACAAGAUUCUCAGAGACGUGGAUAGAACUAGAUUGGAGCGCCACCUAGCGCCUGAAGCGUUUCAAGACAUCUUUAAAAUGACGAUACAGGAGUUUGACAAGCUGCCGAUAUGGAGACGCAACGACAUGAAGAAGAGGGCCAGGCUGUUCUGAGCCCCGGUGCCCCACCCUAGGCAAUUAGCUGCUUGGAUCAUCAGCAGCUGCAGCAACGUUAUAAGGAAGCAAUCCAAUACAGCGCCCCGUGUGAUUAUAAGUAUCCCCUGGCGGGGUGGUGCUAGCGAUUAGGGUUACAGGCGCGGGGUGUGGAAAAGGGCCGCGCUGAGUUAUGCCACUUUCUCUCUAGGCGUGCCAAGGGACGGUGAACAGCGAGCCUCCUACAACUGCCACUCAGGCUCACUCUGUGCCCAUUGGAUCCCAAAAUAUAACGGAGGGGUGUGCAAGUUGCCCGUGUGUUUUUCUGUGUGUUUGCGCGAGAGAGUUUCACUUUGAGGCUUAUUCAAAGCCGGGUAUCGCCGACUGGUUAUAGUGCCGAUAAUGGGCACAAUUGUAUGACGACAGAACGUGGUUUUAGCUGAAUUAUCACAACACGGACAAAUACCCCCCCCCCCCCCCCCCCCCCUUCCUUCUCCUAUUUAUCUAAUCCAGUUUAGGGACCUUAUUUCCUUUCUGAAACAUGUUAAAGGGUUUUUAUUGACUGCACAUCCCUGUCAGGUAAGGGAAGAUGUCACAUAGAUAGAGGAGAUUCCUGCACUCCGGCUGCUAUCUCUUAUAGGUAAAUUGCUUUAUUUUCCUCAUUUUGGGUGUCUGGGCCGCUUGUCAUAGGAGGUCUGAUAUGUACACCAGUCUCGGACAUUGAGCCCGGUUCAUUUUAACUCCCACGCGCUAUCCGCUAGUAAUAACCGGAGUCUACGGGGAAAUCUCUGAAAACCGGCGUCCCGGGAACUGUUGGCCAUACCAACCAAUCAGGUUCUAAUUUUGCUUUUUAAAGACUGAAAGCAAACUUCUGGUUGCUAGGGGGUUACAUCCCUUUUUUUUUGUGCACCAGUUUUCAGGAAUGUCGCCCUGAAACGCGUCUAGGUCCGAAUACCAGGGCGGGUUUGUUGAAGUCACUCGGCUGGACACGGUUGGAUGUUGGUUGGCUGCUUCCGCCUUUAGCAUUGGGAUAUAUUAUCUUGUAGCGAGGGGCAUUUGGUGGCGAGUUAUCUGCUAGAGCAUUAUGGGAAUUUUUUUGGAUAAGUCUUCUCUCUCUCUCUCUCUCUCUCUCUCUCUCUCACUCCAUAGACUGCCUUUAGUGCGUGCGUCCGCUCCCCCCCAAGUCGCAUGGACAAUCUGCCUCCGGAAAGCUGAUCUAGCAGGGGGGGAGGCAGGACAGCAAUAGCAACACUGAGCUGCUUUUCUCUGAUCAGUAACCAUAUAUAAUAUAACUUUAUAUCACAUAUCAAGUAUAUUACAGGAUGACAGUAUGAUCAUGUACGUGUGACCCCAGUCCCUCUAGCAGGAGCACCCUGAUCCUGCAUCGGUGCUUUCCUGUAGGGAGCGAUCCGUCAGUAUUGAGUCCCUCACUUAUAACUGUACAACCUUCAUUAAAGCAAAAUAUUAUUAAAAAAGAAAAA